AUGCCGUGCAGUACUACUUUUGACUUCUUUCGAGCCACCGAAAUGUUGUUUAAGAGUUUAUUCUUCACCUUAGUGAUUAUUCCACUUGUUCUGAAUACAAAGGGUCAGCAACAAGAAUCGGAGCCAGAAAAUAAAGAUAAAGAUGAAGAUCAAAAGCUAUCUUAUUUACUUAAAAGUAACAACCUUCGAUCGUAUGGAUACUUAGGUAAUACGCUGAAAAAAGUUUGGAAUUAUACUUUUCCGCAACUUUUACCACUAAAAAGUACUGGGCUAGACAAUACUCGAGAAAAUAAUCUUGAAAAUCAAACGGCAGUGUCGGUAGAUACAAAAAUUAUUCAUCCAAAUGUUCUUCGACUAGAAUCGACUCCAACUGAGAGUACUAAAGAUGAAGAUCGAAGCAAAUAUACCACACUCAAGAGUAACGGCACUAAAUCGUCAAAUCAUGGAAUUUUUCGUGCUCUCGGGGAGUGGUUGUGGAAAAACAAGUAUUUUAAAAAACCACAACAUUCAUCAGUACAAAAGAAUACAACUUCAGGAAAUAGUAAUGGUUUAAAAAAUUCAACUGAAGUUUCAGUUAACGGAAUAAACAAUACAAAAAAUGUGGAGCAAAGUACAGUAGGUCCGUCCCCAACCAUAAGCAAUCCUGUAAACACCAGUGAGUCGCAGAAUUCCAUUCAAGAAUCGAACGUGAAUCACAAAAAUUCAACUGAAGUUUCAGUUAACGGAAUAAACAAUACAAAAAAUGUGGAGCAAAGUACAGUAGGUCCGUCCCCAACCAUAAGCAAUCCUGUAAACACCAGUGAGUCGCAGAAUUCCAUUCAAGAAUCGAACGUGAAUCACAAAAAUUCGACUGGAGUUUCAGAAAAUGCCAUGAAUUCAGCAAAUGGUAGUCCUAACACGAAAAAGCCCAAAGAAAAUGAAAAGAAUCCCAGUAGAUUGGAUGAAGUUACUAGCACAGAAAAAGAAACGUCCUAUGAUGCAGCUUUUGAUGAAAUUCUGAAUCGGUUUAAUAAGACUAAGCCACUGCAGAAAUCAUCAGAAAAUAAAGUUUAG